GGCUGGACGCGGGGAGGAUGCGAGGAGCAACGCCGCGGCGGCAGCAGCAGCAGCAGCAGCGACAGGAGCCUCCGGCGAUGAGAGCCCCGCAGCAGCAGCCGUGGCUGCCCCUCUGAGCGCCGCUCCUACCAACUUGGAGAGCGGGGAGGAGCUGCCCAGCCUGGCACCGCAGGAGCGGCUCGGCGGCACCGGCGACCCUCUUCCUCGCGCAGCAGCGGCGGCGGCGGCGGGUCUCGCCUUUCCCCCCUGUGGGAAGUGGAAGAGUUGCGCGGACCCCCGUCCCCACAGCGUGGCUGCGAGAGGCGGCGGGAGCGGGGCAGUCUUGGGGCGCCGGGCGGGGAGGCUGGAGCUUUGGAAGGGCUGCCGAGGGAAGAAGCAGAAGAGGAGGGCGCCUCUGGAGAGGGCGAGGAGGCGGCGGCGCAGGAGGAGGCGCAGGAGAGCGGCAGACGCGGCAGCCUCGUCCGCGCCCAGCGAUGGCUCCUGCCUGGAGCCGGGGAGUUUCUGGCCCCGGCGGGAUCGUCCUGCUCCUGCUGCUGGGGGGCAUCUGCAACCUGAGGCUUUGCCACGCAGGGAUUGAGUAUGGAGAGGUGCUUCCUGAUUCCUUCCCAUCAGCCCCUGCAGAGUCCCUUCCCCAUUUCCUACUGGAGCCACAAGAUGCCUACAUUGUGAAGAACAAGCCAGUGGAGCUGAUCUGCAGAGCCAACCCAGCCACCCAGAUUUACUUCAAGUGCAAUGGCGAGUGGGUGAACCAGAACGAUCACAUCACCACAGAGAGCUUGGACGAAAUCACAGGGCUCCUUGUAAGAGAAGUCCAGAUUGAAGUCUCUCGACAGCAAGUGGAAGAACUCUUUGGCUUAGAAGACUACUGGUGUCAGUGUGUGGCAUGGAGCUCUGCUGGGACCACCAAAAGCCGAAGAGCUUACGUCAGGAUAGCAUACCUGAGGAAGAAUUUUGACCAGGAGCCCUUGGGGAAGGAGGUUCCUCUGGAUCACGAAGUGCUUCUGCAGUGCCGCCCUCCUGAAGGAGUGCCAACAGCCGAGGUGGAGUGGCUGAGGAAUGAUGAUGUGGUUAACACUGCCCAAGAUACCAACUUCUUGAUAACCAUUGACCAUAACCUCAUCAUCAAGCAAGCCAGACUUUCUGACACUGCCAACUACACCUGUGUGGCCAAGAACAUUGUCGCCAAACGGAGGAGCACCACAGCCACCGUCAUUGUCUAUGUGAAUGGCGGCUGGUCCACCUGGUCAGAAUGGUCCCCAUGCAGCAACCGCUGUGGUCGUGGAUGGCAAAAGCGCACCCGGACCUGCACCAAUCCUGCGCCUCUCAACGGUGGCUCCGUUUGCGAUGGACAGUCCUUGCAGAAGAUCGCCUGCAGCACUAUGUGCCCAGUAGACGGAGCUUGGACGGAAUGGAGCAAGUGGUCAGCCUGCAGCACAGAAUGCACGCACUGGAGGAGCAGAGAAUGCGCGGCCCCUUCGCCCAGGAAUGGAGGCAAAGACUGCAACGGAGUGCUGCUUGACUCCAAAAACUGCACUGAUGGGCUCUGUAUGCAAAAUAAAAGAUUUGUAAGCGAGCCCAAAAGUCACCUACUGGAGGCUACUGGUGACGUGGCCUUGUACGCUGGUGUUGUGGUUGCCAUCUUUGUGUUCAUUGUUAUCCUGAUGGCUGUCGGGGUGGUUGUGUACAGGCGUAGCUGCCGGGACUUUGACACUGACAUAACAGACUCUUCAGCUGCUCUGACAGGAGGCUUCCACCCAGUCAAUUUCAAGACCUCCAGACAUGACACCCCCCAAUUGCUGCACCCUUCAAUGCAGCCCGACCUGACAGCCAAUGCAGGCGUGUACCGCGGCCCCAUGUACGCCUUGCAAGAUUCCUCCGACAAGAUCCCCAUGACCAACUCUCCCUUGCUUGACCCACUCCCUAACCUCAAGAUCAAAGUGUUCAAUUCCUCCACAACAUCAUCCUCGCCCGGGAUGCAUGAGGGGACAGACCUGCUGGGAGUCAUGCCCUCAGGCACCUUCCCAGGGGAGAACCUCAGGGAUAAUCACUUCAUGAACCUAAGGAACAAGACCAUGGGCUCUCAGCAGCUCUUGACUCUGCCUCGGGAGCCUGGCAACAGUGCCACUGGGACAUUUGGCUGCCUGGGAGGAAGGCUCACCAUCCCUGGCACAGGGGUGAGUCUCUUGGUGCCACACGGAGCAAUUCCUCAAGGGAAAUUCUAUGAAAUGUACCUGAUGAUCAACAAAGCAGAAAACACCCUCUUUCCAUCCGAAGGUACACAGACAGUGCUGAGCCCCAUGGUGACCUGCGGCCCCACCGGGCUGCUCUUAUGCCGCCCUGUCAUCCUUACCAUCCCUCACUGUGCAGAAGUCGGUUCCCCAGACUGGAUGCUGCAACUGAAAACCCAGUCCCACCAAGGAAACUGGGAGGAAGUUGUAACUCUGGAUGAAGAGACUUUAAACACGCCCUGCUACUGCCAGUUGGAACCUAAGUGCUGCCAUGUUCUGCUAGACCAGCUUGGGACAUACGUCCUUGUGGGAGAGUCCUACUCUCGGUCAGCCAUCAAGAGACUCCAGCUCGCCAUCUUUGCCCCCACCCUUUGUACUUCGCUGGAAUACAGUGUCAAAGUAUACUGCCUGGAAGACACACCGGAUGCCCUGAAGGAAGUACUUGAAUUAGAAAGGACUCUUGGUGGCUACCUGCUGGAAGAACCCAAGCCCCUGCUGUUUAAGGACAGUUAUCACAACUUGCGUCUCUCCAUCCAUGAUAUCCCUCAUUCACUUUGGAGGAGCAAACUCCUGGCCAAGUACCAGGAAAUCCCCUUCUAUCACAUCUGGAGUGGCAGCCAGCGGGCACUUCACUGCACCUUCACUCUGGAGAGACACAGCCCAGCUUCCACAGAACUUACCUGCAAGAUUUGUGUUCGGCAAGUGGAAGGAGAAGGGCAGAUAUUUCAGCUGCACAUUACCCUUGGAGAGAACUCCAACUCCUUUGAUGCCUUGCGUUCCUAUCCUGGCAGUGCCCUGACGACUCAGCUGGGGCCAUAUGCCUUCAAGAUCCCUCUGUCGAUACGACAGAAAAUCUGCAACAGCCUUGAUGCCCCCAACGCCAGAGGAAACGACUGGCGGCUCCUUGCUCAGAAACUUUCCAUGGACCGGUAUCUGAAUUUCUUUGCCACCAAAGCCAGCCCAACAGGAGUCAUCCUGGACUUAUGGGAAGCCCAGCACCAAGAUGAUGGGGAUCUUAAUACUCUGGCCAGUGCCUUGGAAGAGAUGGGCAAGAGCGAGAUGCUGGUUGUCAUGGCAACAGAGGGGGACUGCUGAUGCAGCUCUCGAGAAGACUUCUGGCAAUGGCCGAGUGGAAGGAUGGAGUGAGAGAGGGAGAGUAAAUGGCGGGAGCAGCCCUUUUGGGAACUGAUAGGGAAAGGGCUGCAAGGAAGAAGCAGAGCCGUAGCGUGACUCUGAAGAGAUUGGAAUGGGGUUCCUUCUCCCUUCUCGCACUCCUUCCUCCUCAAAUCACAAUCAGCCUUAGAGAUCCAUAUUGCGCAGUUUACAAGCAAUCCAAGUGUUAAAAGACUCCUUUCCUCCUUCUCCUCAAAGCCUUGGAAAUGGGGCACAAAAGCAAUGUAUCAUUGCUCUCCGUGACCGCAGCCUGUGGCAGUUGUGGUCUCCUCAGCUUCUGCUGCCUCGUGUGGCUUCUGAGGGCUGCUAAGAAUCUGGGUUGGGGUUGUUGUUUUGUUUUGUUUUUCUUUUCCUGUCCUCUUCCCAUUCCCUGCCUUGUUCUCCCUUUAUUUCUUCUUUGCUGGCAAUUUAUGCUUUGAAGAGUCGAGUACAAUCUAGAAAAGACUGCUUACUCCUGUCAAAAGCUUCAAACAGCUUUAAGACACAUUUAAAAAAUGGAAAAGGGAAAAAAAGGAAAACAGUUUCUUAGGAAACGCAAGUAAUUUAUUAUCCAGAUCUUUGGAUGCAUCCUUUUUUAAAAAUUCAAUAAGAAUCUUUCAUGUAUGUGAGAGCAAGAGUAUCAUGGCACUCAGAGAAAGGGAGAGGGAGAGAGAAAACGCAAUGAUGUUUUAGUGAAAAUUAAACAAUAUCAAUUUAUGUGGUAACCUUUGAUCAGGUAGGAUUGAUGAUUUGACCUGAGCCUCAUAUGUGUCUUAAAGGGAAAACUUUUUCUUCUCUUUAUCAUUUUGCUUGCAUCUCUUUCUCUGACUAUAGCAGAAUGAAUGGGAAUAAGUCUGAAAAUUCACUCACAGGAGAACUAACCUGUUUCUGGAAAAGAAGCUGAGAGAAAUUUCUUGGGGAGCUUUCUUGAAAGACCAAUACAGUACAAACCCUUCACACUCUUUCCGGCCCACCUCAGAAUCUGGUGAAGUGCCCAGAUAUGCCCAGAUGGUAUUUUCCCCUGGUCUUGUCUCAAUUACGUUUGGAGCCACUCUUGCUUUGCAUAACCUACUUGUCCUUGUGUGGGCCAUUCCAGUAGAACAAAGUCCAGUUAGUACAGGAACAAGUCUCAGGCCAGAAUCAAGAUAGCUCCAUUGAGGAAUGUGUAAAAGGUUUUCUUGUGCUCAGAAUGACUUUUGGCCAAGGGGGGUUGGGAUGAGACAAGGACUCCCCCCACCCCACUCUUGCUAUGCUAUGCAGCCCAGGAAGCUGGAGUUCAAAAAUCCUAACUGAGAUGGUGAAGGCUUAGCAAUCAAGGGUGUGUCCAGUCUGUCACUAAUUUUAGGUGGGAUUCAACCACAUGAUGACAAAUCCAGGUCAUGAAAUUAUAGAAUCAUAGAAUUGUAGAGUUGGAAGGGACCCCAAGGGUUAUCUAGCCCAACCCGCUGCAGUGCAGGAAUCUCAACUAAAGCAUUCAUGAUGGAAAUCCAUCUCUGCUUAAUCUCUAGAAAUCCAUCUCUGCUUAAUCUCUGCUUAAUAACCCCCAAGAAAGGAGAGUCCACCAUCUUUCGAGGGAGUCCGCUCCACUGUCAAACAGCUCUUAGUGUGCACAUGCACUUCCUCGGGGAAUGUCAGCCAUUGUUCUCAUAUGCCGCAGACAACUUGUGCGCUCGGAACCUCAACCUGUUCCUAAUAGGAGGCACUUUAUUUCCAGGUUUCUUCGUAGGAAAGAUAGUAUCUGUUUAAGGUAGUGCUAACUUCCCUGCAGUGUCUGACUAGGCAUCAAGCAGAUGACACCUGCUAGGUGAGAUGAAGGUGUGCUACCGCUUCCACUCGUGGGUAAAGUUACCUGCAAGUGUGUGCAUCACAUCCAUUUCAAGCAGUCUGAAUUUUUGAAAGCAUGAGCAAAACUCCCACUGUUUUUGAGUGAUAGGAUCCAGGACUGAACAAAGAUACCCUUAAUGUGUAGUUAUUUGAGAGGAAUAAGAAAUGUUAAUGGUGACACUUCGAACUGGAGGAGCAGAAACUUCCCACCAGUGUUGUUUCAAACUGUGUUUCAAGUGACUAUAUAUAUAUAAUGAGAAAAAUGUUCCAGCCUUUAUACAGGAGUAUCUCAAAGACCUGGUUUGCACGCCGAAUUCAGCCAUAGUUGAAUGUGAACAAGCCUACACUCCUGAAAUUGUGGGCACUUAGUUCUACCGCUGCUGUUGCUGCUACCACCACCACCACACAGCCAAGAAACAAGCCACAGUCUGAAUUUUGACAUAGGAACCCAGGAUCAUGGUUUGCUUGCCCCCAAACAAGCCACAAAAGGUACACCAAGAACAAAUCUUGGUUUCUGCCUGUGAUUUGCUAGGAAGAAAACAAACCGUGGUCCCAGGUUUGGAUGAUACCGGUAUGACAAGCCAGACAGUGGUUGGCUUGCUGGCAGUACAGCCAGAGCAGAAGAAGAGCAAAGUGCCAGCAAUUUCAGCAGCGUGAGCACACUUUGGCUCAUUUACAUUAAACCAUAGUUUAAUGCACACCAGGCCACUCGAGUUUUAAGUUCUUCACACUUUUCUUUUUUGUUCCUAGACCUCAUGAUCGAAGGAGGGAACAUUUGCUUGAAGAUUAGAAGCCACAGUGUUGUAUUAUCAUGUUGGAAUAAUGUUUGUGGUUAGCCCACGUGUGUGUGUGAGAGAGAGGGAGAGGGAGAGGGAGAGGGAGAGGGAGAGAGAGAGAGAGAGAGAGAGAGAGAGAGAGAGAGAGAGAGAGAGAGAGAGAGAUUUGGAAUCUCUGAGCUUGUUAUAGGUGAUUCUCAUUCCAGACAGUUUAGCUGCAGAAUUCCACAAGGACUCAAAGCUAAUAAUGGGUGGCAUUGUGAUAAUUUUUGUUUCUAUCGGUAAUGCUUUGCAGUGCCUUACCUUUUUCUCUAUAUUGCAGGCGUCCAAUAGAAGAGAAGUAAAUUACACAACAAGAAAAACGUUAAAUGAGUAUUCGUGAACAGUGCAAAUGGCUCCCUUGUAUGUGAUAGCUUACUAAAAAGAGGAAAGGAUAUUGUUUGAAUCGCCCCAGAUUGAAGUAAAUUAUUAAUAAACUCAGCCACCAGGCAUAAUGAUUUUAAAAAAAACAUGUUAAAUGUAUGGCAACAAGAUCUUAGGUGGAAAUGCAGCAGAAGUUCAUUUCCUCUUAGCAGGAAAUAUUUUUAAAGAUUUGCAACUGCUGCACACACAGUGCCCAGUUCAGGUAGUUCUUCAUACUUUCCUUUCAGUGAGGUUUCUAGCCCUCAUUAUCACAGGAGAAAGCAGCUAGACGUCUGCAGUGUACUUGGAUAUGAAUUGCAACUAAUUGGGAGCAGAUUUUUGAGUUGGCAGUAGGACUGUAGGUCUCAGUUUUGCCAUUGCUGCCUAUUCUAUUUUGCCAGAUCUUUCCAGCAUGAGAAAAUUAGAUUUGGUACAGAACCCAGAUUAAGGGAUACAAACCUUGCAGUAUAAGGGUAGUUCCAGCAGUAAAAUUCUAAUGCAAAUGCACCCGUAUUACCUUACUUUCGUAUAUAUUUAUAUAUGUAUAUAUUUCUAUUUGCAUUGGCCUUUGGUUAUCCGUUAUUCUUCAGGUUGUUGCAAGCACUGUGUAGUUGCAGGGUAUUUUUUCUUAUAGUCACUACCUCUUAAAAAGAUUGUCUUCUUCCAUAAAGCAUAGCAUGGCACCAAGAGCAGUACUGCCUCAUCAUACUGAUCCUUUCAUUUUUAACUCUUCCCCUUCCCACGAGGACACGUUCGUAGGCAAUAACUUUAAAGACAAGGCAUGACAUAGCAAGUCUUGCACCAGAAGACCCUCGCAAUUACCUCAUUCUCCUUAAACGGUAGCAUGCUCUUGGGGAAAGACAGGUGCUGAAGACAAACAAAAAAUUGAAUGGCACACCUACUCAGGGAGCGGGAUUAUGCGGCAGCUUGAUAACCAGUAGUUCAAGGAAGGGGAAGCUGUGACCCCCCCAGAUGUGGCUGGACUCUCAUGGUCCCUGACCUUUACCUAUCCUGGCACAGAGAGCCAAACAACAUCUGGAGGCCGCAGCUUCCCCAUCCCUGCAGUCGUUUCUCAGGAUGCAAUUUUUUAUCUAUGUGCCCAAAGAAGGCACCGAAAGCUAGUUGCUGCCUCGUGUUCCUGUAAUGACAGUAAACAUUUCAUACAGGAACCCAGAGACUGAAAAUAGUUUGCAGGCAAUGCCUGCUUAACCAGAAUAUAUAGCCCCAUUGUUUAGAGGUCACUUACAGUGAGAAAACAAAUAGAAUGCUAAACGUGGACUCUUAAUUCAAAAAGACAUUUUUGUUGCUUGGAGCCUGGACAUCAACACAGAAGGCAAAUCCAUGGGGGAGGGGGAGGUGUGUGUGUGUGUGUGUGUGUGUGUGUGUGUGUGUGUGUGUGUGUGUGUGUGUGUUUUGUUAAGUGCUGCAAACACAGAGCCUGUUUUCAAGGUGUGAAGUUUUCUUCACUCCUUCUCUUACUCAGGCAAAAAGUCGUUUUCGCUAGCUUUGCAGCCCUGUUCUCUAACCUUUUGGGGUGUUUUGUGAAUUUGUGUCAUUUGUAGGGUUCAGGUUCGCGGAACCUCCUAGUCCAAACUAUACGCUUCUUCAAAUUCUUUUGCACCAAAGCAACGUUCCUGUUGCAGCUCAGGUCUCUCAAGAGUAUGGUGCAAUCAAUACAAGAUAGAACAUGUCAGUAUUUGGGUUUUUUGAUGGCGCUUCUGGUGACCAUGGAUUUGGAGACCUUGGGUAUCUUUAUCUGUACCUGACAAACAUUUUUAAAGGACUAGACCUGCUAGAUGCAGGGUCCGUAACUCUCUAGUCUGCAUAGUUUAUCUACCCAUUGGCAGGGCAUACUUUCUUCUUUCUCACAUCGUAGUUGUUAGGGAUCUCAUAUGCAAUAUACAAAUCUGGGAAAAUAUCCAGAUUUUUGGAACCAAAUGAUGAACUUUCUGAGAAUUGCAGCUGGGUUUUGUGUGUGUGUGUGUGUGUGUGUGUGUGUGUGUUUUAUAGCAAAGUUAUUAGUGUUUGUUUCCUGUGUGGCAGCAAAAGAAAAGAAAAUUAAUCCUCAAUCAAAAAUAGAUACUGUAAUCAUUUAACCACAAGGUAUUUGGGGAGGGCUGCAGGCAUUGCUUUCCUUCAACAUGGCAUCAGAUGAGAGCACAAUAGGGUUUUUUGUAACAUUUUCAGCUAGCUGGAAUAUUAUAUAUUAUAUGACUGAACUGCUUGCUGAUAAAUUGAACAGAAGAAAUUCAUCUACACAUUCCAUUUACAAAGGGAGAUUGUAUUAGGGGUUUGUGAGAAAUUUAAAAAGAAGCCUCCAGUCUUUAACCUGAUCUCUUGCUGUACGUCAGGGUGAUUUGCU